AAGGGCACGGGGUGACCAAUACGGUCUGAGUAGGUCAGUAACACGGGCUUGAGAUGUUUGUAAUUGCUACUUUCGUUCACGUGACAAACCUUACUAAUUGUCUGUGUCGGCUGGUGGGUUAGCGACACAUUUAUAUUUCCGCGAUAUAACCCGACGAGAUAAACCUUUAGCAUGGAUUAUGAUAAUAGUUGUCGUCGGCUGAAGGCUGACUCGGCCGUGACACGUGACCCGCCGCCCUGCGUGCACUUGUCCAGAAGGGCCGCGCGGGCUGAGCCUCGCCACGUGACUUCCUCUUCCGGUCUGGGCCCCACGUGGUGGGAGCCGUCCGCUGGGGUUCAGGGAUCGAGGGGUGAGAUGGGGACUCGCGCCGUGGCCGAGGGGGCCCAGGGAGCGACGCGGGGGAUCGAGGGGGCCCAGGGAGCGGCGCGGGGGAUCGAGGGGGCCCAGGGAGCGGCGCGGGACGCCUCGCGCCGCGUGUUUGUGGGCGGCCUCGUGGCGAGCGUGCGGCCCGAGGAGCUGCGGCGCCGCUUCGAGGCGUUCGGGGCCGUGGGGGACGUGGCGGUGAAGACGCGGAGCGACGAGACGGGCACUCCCAUCAAGACGUUCGCCUAUGUGAGCCUGCAGACGAGUGACGCCGAGCUACGGAAGUGCUUCUCCGUGCUCAACCACACCAAGUGGAAGGGUGGGACCCUGCAACUGGAGCUCGCCAAGGAGAGCUUCCUGCAGCGGCUGGAGAAGGAGCGAGCGGAACGCGCGGUGGCGAAGGAGGAGGAGGUGGGUGCCGCGGGGGGUGGGGGCCCAGGGAACCCUCCCCUCCUGGUGGCGCUCAACGCCGCUGGCGCCGCCAACUUCCACAUGCGCGGUGUCGUUCCGGGCACCGAGGUGCCGGGGGUUCCGGACUGGGUGGUGAGCAAGUUUGGGAGAGUGCUGCCCAUCGUGAAGGUGAGGAGAAAAGACAAGAAGAAAGUCAUCCGGUACGACCCGUCCAAGUUCUGCCACAACCUCAAGCGCCUGGCGGCGCCGGAAGUUGAGACCCCCCCCACGCCGGUGAGCCAGCUCACCUGGCAGCUCCCCGACGACGACAAAAAAAAGAAAAAGACGAAGCGGCCAGAACGGCCGCCCGCUGCCCGACGCGGCGCCGCGACACCGAAGCCGGCGUCGCGUAACAACCGCGGUGGCGUCGGCGCCCGCGGUAACGGCGCCGAAUCCGACGAGGCGGACUCGGAAGAGGAGCUGGCCCGCAUGGUGGAGGCAGCGGCGCAGGUGGAGGAGCGGCCGCGGCAGCGCCGCCUGCGGGACGACGGCGACCAGGAGCUGGAGGUGGUGCCCGUCGGGUUUGUGCCCUCGCGACCCCGCGCCGGCGACGCGAGCGACGGCAACGAUUCCGACGGUGAGGAGGGCGGUUCUGUAUGGUUGCCGCGGGCGACGGACCGUGCUGUUGUCGCCGUGGCGACCGGGGAAGCGCGGACCGCCGCAUUACCCCGGCCGACCCCGAAACGCGGAGCUGCUCCAGGCACUGCCGCAGCGGAGGGGAAGAAGCGGAAACGCGUUGGGAAGAGUUGCCCACAUUGCAGCAAGGAGUUAGCGGAGGAGGAUGAGGAGGAUGAGGAGGAUGAUGAGGAGGAUGAGGAUGAUGAGGAGUAUGCGAAAAUGAUGCAGGGCUGCUACCGCCUCGAGCUGAGCCUUGACGACCUCCGCGCGGCCGUCUCGGGGUCUCAGGGGGGCAGCCCCGACGACGACCCCAGCGACCGCAACAAACUCAACGGCCCGGAGCGUGAACCCCGGGUCGCGGAGCCAGAGCCAAAGCGUGGAGCGCCGACUCCGGGAGGAAGUUCCACCACCCGCAGUAGCAGCAAAAAAAAACUGAAACGGGAUUCUGUGGACAGGGACGUUGACGAGGUGUGUGACGAGGAGGGAGGGCUCUCGGCGGGAAGGCACAGCUCUCGGCCGCCCCUGUUCCUCGGCACGCGCUGGCUGUUCGGAGACACUCGGGACGGCGGCGGUGGCAGAGGAGGGGGACCUGGGGAGACGGCCGGGUUGCCUGCUCGCCCGGCACCGGGAGAUGAGAGCGGCCGGGGAGCGGGCGACGAGGAGGAGGUGGAGGAGGAGAAGCAGGAGGAGGAGGAGGUUUUGUGUCGCAAAUCUAAAAGCAAGAAGAGGAAAAAGGUAGAGAAGGAGGUGGUGGAGGAGGAAGAGGAGGAAGUGAAGGAGAACGCUGUGUAUUGCAAAAUCAACAGCAAAACAAAGAGGAAAAAGAAGAAGAAAGAAGAGGAGGUGGAGGAGGAGGUGGAAGAGAGCGUGUGCCACAAAAACAAGAAGAAAAAGAAGAGAAAGGAAGAAAAGGAUGAGGGGGUAGAGGAGGAGAGGGGUCACACGGAGGUCGCGGGGUCGCAACCCCAGGAGGAGGAGGGGAAAGAAGAGGCGACCAUGUCAAGGCCGGGUCGUGUCGUCAAGACCGGGUUUGGAGAGGACGAGCGUUUCCGUCUGGACGGGAGGUUUGAAGACAACGACGAGGAGGGGGAGGGGUCGCAGGGGGGCGGUGACGGUGUGGAGACACCAGGGGGCUCGGAGCUGAAGCAGCCGAAGAGUGGGGAGCUCGUGAAGGGGGUAGUGACCCCAGCCUCCUUCCAGCAGGACCCGAAGGGGGCCAAGCGCACCACCCUCAGCAAGGCAGAGCGGAGGCAGCGCCGCGAGGAGGAGAGGUGGGGGCCGCCCGUCUCCGCCAACACCUACUACCACGUGACCUCCGAGCUCAAGCAGCUGUUUGGCGGGGGGCAGGAGGAGAAGGGGGCGGCGGUCGUGGACGAGGUCCCCCCCCCAACCCAGUUUGCGUUUGACUUCCUUUCGGGGGGCUCCGGAUCUACGGAGGCUCGGGACCAGGGCGGCUUCUCCUUCUGCUUCUCCGUUCCGGAGGGAGCUCAGGAACUCGCCCCGGCCGGAGACCGCAAGUCGGUUCCGUUUCAACCGGAUGGGAGUUUCCACGACAGCAGCUCGGAAGAGGAGGAGCAGGACGAGGUGGAGGAAGAAAACGAGGUGGAGGGGGCAGGGACGCUCGGGUCUCCCUCGACUGCAUCAGGACUCAAAUUUUUCUUCUUCACGAAGGACGACGCGAGGCUCACGGAAGGCCCGCAGUCGUUCUGUCGGAGCAAGGCGAUGGAGGAAGUGAGGGACGGCUGGGAGGAAAUGCGAGCCAACCUCAGACAGGAUUACCGCAAGAAGCACAAGGACGCCAUUCGCAAGAGUCGCACCAAGCCCGGCACUGCUAAGUAGCCGGCAUGGGGGGCGCCGUGGGGGGACACGGGGUGGACACGGGGUGGACACGGGGAGAUACGGUGGUGGGACCGUGUCGUAUUCCCCGCUCGGCUCGCGUGUUCCCGACGUUCCAAUUGACGCGGCGCGUGUACACCUUGCAACGCUUGCACCGUGUAUUUUCCGUAAUACAGGUUUUUUUGGGUUAGAUCGCGUAAAUAUAUAAUUGUGUCAUUAAACCCGACAGAGCCAAUUAGUAAGGGUUGUCACAUAAACAGAACGUGACAAUUCAUCACGAGUACAGCACACC